AUGACUACAUCCACAAACAGCACAACCUUGAACCACACCUUCAAAUAUGAACUCUCGACUCAUAGUUACACCGUCAAAUGGGAUUCACUAGGUGACCCGAAUUCUCCACCACUCAUCUUGAUCCAUGGAACCCCAUGGUCAUCCCGCCUGUGGGAACCUUUUGCCCUCUCUCUAUCGCGCCAAUUCCACGUCUACAUCUUUGACAGACCUGGUUUUGGAGAAUCUCCCGCAGAACGUAAACUGCCCGGAGCAGCCGCCAGCUCUAGCCCUAUCGUCGAGUACGAUGGUGACCUUGCACGACAAUCUGAAGUCUAUGCAGCCCUCUUCAAAUCCUGGCAGGCAGACUGGAACAGCCGGAAACCUCAUGUCGUCGCUCACGAUAAUGCUGGCUUGGUCAGCCUGCGGGCCUACCUCCUCCAUGACUGCCAAUACGCAAGUCUGUGUCUAAUUGAUGUCGUUGCGAUCGGACCAUUCGGAAAACCUCUGUUCAAAGUCGUCGCCGAUGCUCCCCAUCGCUUCCAGCAGUUGCCCGACAUGGCCUUUGACGGCAUCCUGGAGAGUUAUAUCCGCAACGCCGCAUUCUCUGAGUUGUCGAAAGAAACCAUGCAGAGUCUCAAGGCCCCCUGGUUGAGAGAAAGCGGGAAAGAAGGCUUCAUCCGAGAGCUAUGCCAAGCAAACUCGAGAACCACGGAUGAGGUGGAAGGGAGAUAUGGGGAGGUCGGAACGAGUAUCCCAGUCAAAGUCAUCUGGGGAGCGGAAGAUAAAUGGAUUCCGGCAGAGGAUGCUCGCAGACUUGGGAAGGCCCUCAAAGCUCGAGAAGUUGUGGUCAUCGGAGAUGCAGGGCAUCUGAUCAUGCUGGACCAACCCGCCCAGCUCGGAGUAGAGCUGACGAGAUGGCUGUGCACUGCUGACCAGACAAAGUAA